AUGAAGGCCUCUCAGAUUUUCUCCCUGAUCGGCUUUGCUGCCUUCGCCCUUGCCCAGAGCGAGAGCCUCGCCCCUUCACCUAUGGAGAGCGUAGGAUGUGAACCCCACGGAGAUCACUGGCACUGCGAGGGUGCGCGCGCUACCACCGCCGCAGCGGUCAGCGGAACCACCCUUGUCACCAGCGUCGCUACUGCGACCACGACCGCCACGGAGGACCACGACCAUGACCAUGACCACGAUCACGACCACGAUCACGAUGACGAAGACCACUCUUCCGGCACCGGCAGCCUUGCGCCUUCACCCACCGAGUCUGUCGGUUGCGAGCCUCACGGUGAUCACUGGCACUGUGACGCCGCGGCUACCGCCGUAGUCACCGGCACGGCUUCUGUUUCGGGCUCUGAAUCUGCCGUCCUCACCACCACCGCUGCAGCUACCACCGGCGCCGCUGGUACGAAUGCGGGCAACAGCGCUUCUCCCAGUACUACUGCGGUUCCCGCCGGAGCUGCUCGCGCUGGGUUCGGUGCUGCUGCUAUUGCUGCCGCCCUUAUGGCCUUGUAA